UAAGGUUGCCGCUGCCAGACAUUUGGCAUUUUAAAAUGUGAAUAAAUUAAAGAUCUGCGAAUUUUUAUGUUUUUCCUUAACACUUUGCAAUACCACACAUUCAAUAUGCAGGAUUCGCUCGAAGAUUAUCUGAAAUUCACAAGAAAUGCUAAAACGGAUGACCCACUUAAAAUAAGUAAAGAAAUGGUAGUCACCGCUCAGCUGAAGAAAGAGUGUGAUAACCGAGCCAUGAAAAUUGUGGAGUUCUCCAUUGAAGGAAAGUUAAGACCUGAAGUUUUUAUUAAAUGUCUUCCAUUUAUUAAUCAGACCCAUUAUGAAGAUAUUGUUGAAGAACGAGCUAUAAGCAAAUUGUGUGGAUACUCUGUAUGUGGUAAAAAGAUUCCUGAAAUGCCUAAGAAACAAUAUUUUAUUUCUACUAAAAGUAAUAAAGUUUAUGAUAUAACUCAAAGAAAGAACUUCUGUAGUAACUUCUGCUACAAAGCCAGUUUACAUAUUAAGAAACAAUUAGAUAAUAGCCCUUUAUGGUUGAGAAAGUUAGAAGAUAUUCCUGAAUACAAAUUAUUACACCCUUCUGAAGGGGGUUUACCAGGAGAGCUGAUUGACCAAGGGAUUGUAAAACCAGCAAAUGAAGUUACUAACUUUACAUCCAUAAACUGUUUUGCUCAAGCCUCUCUGGGAGAUAUUACUGAAAGAAAUGCAGAUUCAUCUCAAAGCAAGAAAACUAGAAAUUUUAAAAGGUCAUCAAUGUUAAAAUCAUCUAUGCAGACUAUUAAAGAAACAGAAAUAGAAGAAGAAAAGGAGGGCUUAGGAGAAUCAACAAAAGUUACCAAAAAGAUAGAACAAAAAAAAGUAGUAAAAGUAGCCAAAAAAGAAACACACAAGAGGCACUGCAUUGUCAGUCUACCUUCAAUAGAAGAAAAUGAGGAAAAGAGUAAAGAAAAUGAUUGUGUUAUUGAAACUACAGCUGUGAUAGUCAAACAAGAAAUUAUGCAAGAAGUCAAUCCUGAAAGAAUCAAACAAGAGAGGUUAGAUCUCUCAGAAAACCCAUCAAUAGACCAAUCACAAUCAACCCAAUCACAAGUUCUGACAGAAACUACCAACAUUGUAACCUGUAAAACUGAAUUCAAUCCCAUAAUUAAAAUGAAAGAAUUGUCAAUAAAAGCUGAACCACCAGAGAAAAUAAAAACAGUCAAACCAAAAUCAGAACCUCUUGAAAAUUCACAAGACAAUAAUGGAGCAAAAACUAAAAAAAGCUCUAAAAAGAAGGAUCAGGAGGAACCUACUAGAGCUUUGGGUAUAGAAUCUUUGAUAAGAAACUCCUUUGAUGAUUGGAUAACUUUGGAAACUUGUAUUUUUAUACAUGGAGAGACCAAAGUAAAACACAUUUUAAAUGAGAACAAACUGAGCGAAUAUUUUGAUCAGUUUCAUGUUCAGGAGCUACAGAGAGAACAACAAAUGAGAUAUAUGGAAAUAUGCAGGAGACUUCAGUUGCAAGAAAUGGCUGAUGACAGGUUUGACAAAGUAUAUGUUGGUGGAACCAAACUGAAGCCUUUGCCAGAUUUUAAAAAGUUAAAAGAAGAAUCCAAAGAGUUAAAACUAAAAGUCAAAGCAUUUUUUGAGGGUAGAAUGUACGAAGGGGACGACAAAGGCUUUUCGACUGACGAUAAUAAAAAACUGGAUGAAGAAGAAAGUCCUCCCGCAGUGUUACCCCCCGUAGAUGUACAUUCCCAAAAUCUGCUGCGCAGGAAGAUAUUCUUAAAUUCUUUGAAUAAAGCGAUCCAACAACUCUUACAGUCACUCGGUGCUUCCUACACGUCCGUGUUAUCAGAUAUUCAAGCGUUGGUGAAAACAUUCAAAUUGAAGGCCGACAAUAUCACUUUUAAACCUUUUGUAUGGAAUUACAUUGCUUUGGUUUUGUUACAUUUAUUAAGUAUGAAAGAAAUAUACUUGAAGGAAAUUUUAGAGGAGCAAAGGUCUCAAGAGUUUGUCCACGUUUUAUUGGACAAUUUACCCAGCAAAAGAGAAUUUAUCAGUAAAGUGCUCAGUAACGUUGAGAAUGUUGAGCUGUUUGUGCAACACUAUAUUACUAAGAAGGACAGUAAUUAUUUGUGAUCAGUUAAGCUUUAAGGAUUUAAUAAUAUAUAUUAUGUAUUCAGUACAUUAAA